AUGGACUCGGAACAUACUUCCGUCAAUGGGGCUUCCCCAAGACAAGUCUUCUUCUUUGAUAUUGACAACUGCCUCUACCCAAAGAGCGCCAGGGUCCACGAUUUGAUGGCGGACCUCAUCGACAGAUACUUUGCCACCCACCUUUCUCUCCCAUGGGAAGACGCGGUGCGGCUGCACAAGGAGUACUACCAGAACUACGGCCUGGCCAUCGAGGGGCUCGUACGGCAUCACCAGAUCGACCCCCUGGAUUACAAUGCCAAGGUCGACGACGCUCUCCCUCUGGACGACGUCAUCAAGCCCCGGCCCGAGCUCAAGAAAUUGCUUGCAGACAUUGACAGGAGCAAGGUCAAGCUGUGGUUACUGACAAACGCCUACGUCAAUCACGCCAAGCGUGUGGUCCGGCUACUUGAGGUAGAGGAGUUCUUCGAGGGUCUUACCUACUGCGACUACGGCGCGGUGCCGUUCAAGUGUAAGCCACAUCCCGACAUGUACCACAAGGCAAUGCGGGAAGCGGGAAUUGAGAGAUACGAGGACUGCUUUUUCGUCGAAAUAGACGACUCGUACCAAAACUGCAGAAAGGCUCAGGAACUGGGCUGGACGGUGGCUCACCUCGUCGAGGACGACGUCAAACCGCCGGCGACACCGGCCUCCCAAUACCAGAUAAGACACCUUGAGGAGCUGCGGAAGGUAUUCCCGCAGUUCUUCAAGCCAGACUCAUCAGACGCAAGCUGA